UGUUUUUUUUUGUCUUGUUUUGUAAAAUGAAUAAACUUCUGCGAGAAUGCAGCAGAUGUGUCUAUUUUUAGCACAGAUGCAGUUGUGCUAGAGUAGUACGUAUAGUGUCAUAAUGAUGGCGGAAGGUUGAUGAGAAUUUCAAGUUUCUGUAAUGUAAAAACAGAUUUUCAAUCAUGGCAGAAAGGUUGUCGGGCGACGAGCAUGAUGAAUCUGCACAAAGAGUGAAACAAAUGGUAUCCACUGGCAGUGAAGUUGUACAGAUGGCGUUAACCGUUGUGGCGGGGGCGGGCAUAUUGUAUGGUAUUACUGAAUAUCACCGAAGGUUAUGCGGAAUAGAUCCAUAUGCUGCGUCUCUAUUCCUGAAGGCAUUACGAGACGGCACUGAACAAGAUAAUUACAUUCGUGUGAAUGUUGUUGGAAAUUUUGGGCAAGGUAAAACGUCAUUGGUGCGUAGAUUGAUUGGGGAAAAAUAUAACUGCGAUAUUAUGAGUACUAAUGGAAUUGAUGUAGUACGAUAUAUAUGCCAGAAAACAACCAGUGGUGAGAUAUCGUACACAGAACAAAGAGGAAUAGAUUCAUAUGAAUUUGUGCGGCGAGUCGUGGGGGCAAAGAUAGAUGCAGACACACAUAAAAGUCCAAAGGCAACACAGCAUCAUGUCUCCUCAAUGACUGCUGAGAAGCAACGAAAAAAGAAUACAGUUAAGUCAGAUCUGAUUCCAAAAGGACUCUCAAUAAAGGACUUUGAGGUUCUGACUAAAGUAACCAGAAGUAAUUUACGAAAGCAGCGUUUUGUUUCGGAUUCUGAAGCAGUACAUUUCGACUUGUGGGACUUUGGAGGCCAGCAUAUAUUCUAUGCGACUCAUACAUUAUUCCACAGUAGCAGAGCUGUCUAUCUUCUUGUUUUUAACCUAUCUUUACCUCUUCGUGAAUGCGUCCAAGAUGCUCCCGAGGAAGGUUGUCUAAACACUGAUGAGCAUACAAUGGAAUACUUUCUGCGGUUUUGGGUAAACUCAAUUCAUUCCUUUGUGGGACAUGAAGAUGGGUUGAAACCACCGAUUAUACUAGUUGGAACACAUAAGGACAAAUUAGGACAAGACGAAACAGAAAUAAAGAAGAAAUCUGAAAAGACAUUUGACAAAGUUAGAAAAUUGUUUAAAGGCAAACAGUGUCUCUGUCACAUCAUACCUGAGGAGUUUGCAGUUGAUAACACAGAUCCAAAAGCUGAUACUUUUUCUGAACUUCUGACAACUAUCCUACGGCUAGGCCAUGAGAGCACAUCAGAAUCUAUACCAACAAAGUGGAUUCAGCUAGAAAAAGCCUUGAAAGCAAGUCAGAAAAAAGGCAUUGUUACACUGAGAGAAGUAAAAAAAGCCAAUCAAGGAAUUACAUAUCCUUUAGAAAAUCUAGAGCAAAUAAAGCUGUUUCUUAAAUAUCACCAUGACAGGGGUACACUGUUUUAUUUUGAUGAAACUCCGAUAUCAGAAUACGUGGUACUUGAUCCUCAGUAUUUGAUAGAUGCUUUCAAAUGCAUAAUAACAGCUCCCAGAUUGCGACGUAACGCUCCAGAUCUUCAAACAUACUGGCAACGUCUCGAAGAGGAAGCAAAACUUGAAAUGGAACUGAUCAACAGCCUUUGGAGCACCGAGAAGACGAAAGAUUUUAUGCAACACAAAUUUGUCCUACUUUCAUUUCUGAACAAGAAUCUUAUCAUUUCAGAAGCUUUGGAGUACAAUGAAGAUACAGAAACUUCCGCAGGCCUCGGCUGGUACAUCGUUCCAAGUAUGCUGAGAGAUCACAUUUCGGCGACAGAAAUAAGCAGCUUCCUCAGUGAGAAAAGUCAAACAAAAAUUCGAUUCAUUCUGACGUUCGACAACUCCUCCAUAGUUCCAGUUAUUUACCAUCGAUUGAUUGCAGCAUGUGUUGGGAAAUGGUCAGUUGCUUCAUAUAAGAACAAAAAACUUCUGUACGAAAACCUUGCAGUCGUCAGGCUGGAUAAAAUAUAUGCAGGCCUUCUAGAAAUGGAUGACAUUAUGAUAGAGCUUUCUGUCAUUGCACCUACCUAUGGUCAUCAAAUAAAAAGAGAGAUUGCAGACUGUUUUCGUAGAUUUGUUGAAUCAGUCGUUGUGCACGAAUUCAGAAAACAUCAAACUGCGGCAGUGCAAAAGCCUAAACCUUACACUGUGUGGUAUAGAUGUACUCAUCCAAGUCACAAACUUCGAAAAAGCGAUGUUGGCAAACCAAUGUCUUAUCUUGAUGAUGAAGAUGAGGUUCUUUGUCCUGAUUCAGAGUCUCAUUUAAUAAACGUUAAAUGCGCUAAAUCCGAGUGGUUUCAGGGCGACAGAGUACUGGACAUUCCAGACGUAGAGCUGUCAAUGCAACAUCUAAGCACACUGUCUACUUGCAUUGGAAGGAAUUGGGAAUGUAUUGCACCAGAUCUUCAGUUGACACAGGUGAAUAUUGAUCAUAUCAAAGAAGACAACAAAGGGAAUACGCAUAUGCAGAUAUACGUUAUGUUACAGAAUUGGAAAAUGCAACAGCUAGAGGCUGCAACCAUGAAAAAACUGAUUCUUAUACUUCGAAAUCGUCCUGUUGUGAAUGUUGACUGGGAUAAAAUCAGAACUGUUGUGGAAGAAAUAAAUAACAAUAAAUAAUAAUUACUAUGUCAGAUUGUACCAUAUAUGAUAACCUACUGGAAAAAUAUUUAAUUGAUAAUAGACAGAAAUGUGUAGUAACAAAAGAAACUUGUGCAAUCUAUAAAAAGGCGGAUGCAAAAUGAAAUAAAAAUAAUGCAUUAUAUGUGUGAUUGAGCUAUGCGGGCGGGCAAAUGAAUGUGUGAUUGUUUAUUUGCAGCAAUAACUUUAAUUACAUCCUUACUUUUCUCUAACUAAUUGACAAUCGAAGUAGGUAUUUACUUAUUUACAAAUAUAAGACGACUUAAAACACUUAAUGCUGAUAUAUUGUGCAUAAAUGACACCUAAAAUCUACAACUUGAAUUAGAAUGAUUAAUUUGAACUACACCAGUUGAUUGUCCACAUUACUUAAAACGAAGUAAAGACGCAAAAAUCAAUCAAACACCAGUGUAGGUAAGAUGCACACUCAGCGUUUUCACAACUAGAAUGAACCACGUGUACCUUAGGGUCUGAGCCAUGCCAACCAUAUCGAUUCCAGCAAUUGGAUUUUGGAUCUUAAUUCAUCUUAACAGUAUGUGUUUGUCUGUAUUGCCAAUGUUUAAUAAUAGUUGAUAGAGAUCUGGUAGAAAAAGUGGAAAAAAGAAGUGAUUUAACUUAGUCGGCCUGGCUUUUCAAAGCUUCUUGAAAGAUGACAAACGACAGAAAUGGAAUGAUCCCUUCGUUUUUUUGAAAAAAGUAACAAAAUAAAGUCAAGUUGUUUUUUUGACAGUUCGUCGUUGUGCUAAAAAUUUGCCGUUAACUUAGUGCGGUCGUCCUUGUUAAUUGCGGUUAAUAUGCAUAUUAAGAAAGAAGAACUUGUUUAAAACAUGCAGUAAAAUUGAUGAGGAACAUGCUGGAAUAACUGAAGUAAAUAAAGACAUAUCAUUUA